UUAGCACUUGCUACAAGUCCAAUCCAAGGAAUCAUCGUACUUCGUUUGUAAAUCUCUCUUCCGGAGCUUGUCAUAAUUAGUUAAUUUUUAUAUUUAAUAAAGUUAUUUCACUUGUUUCAAAAAUAUUUUAAAAUAGUAGAAUAAUUUUUUCUACAUCAAUACAGUAUGGCAAAUCCUUCAGAUUUAUCAAUUGCGGUUAUAUGUUCCUCCAAUAUGAACCGCUCCAUGGAAGCUCACGGGUUUCUGGCGAAAAAAGGCUACAAAGUUCGAUCGUUUGGUACUGGCGACAGAGUAAAGCUUCCCGGAACUGCCAUUGAUAAGCCAAAUGUUUACGAAUUUGGAACACCAUACGAUGUCAUUUACAAUGAUUUGAUCGCCAAAGACAAACAAUACUACACCAACAAUGGCCUGUUGCACAUGUUAGAUCGAAAUAGACGAAUCAAGAAGUGUCCCGAAAGAUUUCAAGAUUGUCCAGAAGAGUUCGAUAUAAUUGUUACCGUUGAGGAGCGUGUUUAUGAUCAGGUGUUGGAGUAUAUGGCUACUAGAGAUUCUUUUAAUAAACCCGUUCACACUUUUAAUAUUGACAUCGAGGAUAAUCAUGAAGACGCGUUGCUGGGAGCUUUUCUAAUCGCUGACAUGAUUAACAUGAUGACCAAAUCAACAGAUCUUGACAAUGAAAUAGACGAGCUCCUACAAGACUUUGAAACAAGACGCGGCCGAGGCGUAUUACACACGGUGCUUUUUUACUGACGUACAACAAAUCACAAAUGUGAUUAUAAUUAUCCAAAUAAGCUUGCUUUCAACAUAAUAGGAUAUUUAAAUGAUUGUUACCACAUCUUCAUAUAUUUUUCUAUAAAAUUGUAAUUUUUGUAUUUCUGUAUAAAAGUUAUAAUAGCUUCUAAAAUAAAAAAGUCAUUAAAUGUAAUGUUGUAACAAUUAAAUGUUAUAAAGCGAAAUAAAAACAAUGUAAUUU